AUGUUUUCUUUAAAAACUAUAGUAAAAUUAUGAAGGUGAUUAUCGAUACAGAUCCUGGCAUAGAUGAUGCUGUUGCCAUAGGGAUGGUGAUUUCCCGGAAGGAUAUCGAAGUUGUAGGCAUCACAACAGUCAAUGGAAAUGUCGAUGUGGAAAAAUCAACUAUUAACACGUUGAAGAUUUUAGAAGCUUUCGAUCGAAAGGAUAUACCAGUUUUUAAAGGGGCGUAUUCCCCAUUGGUUGCUUGCUCACACGAUGGAACAUAUUGGCACGGUGACGACGGGUUGGGAAACGUCAAAUGCUCCACUCCAAAUGCGACACCACUACAAGAAGAAAAUGCUUCGAUUGCAAUGAACCGUCUAGCCCAUCAACAUAAAGGAGAAAUCACCUUAAUUGCGUUAGGUCCACUAACUAAUUUAGCUCUAGCGUUGAGGAUUAACAAAAACCUACCAGGCGAUCUGAAAGAACUUAUUAUUAUGGGAGGAAAUUACAAAGGAGUUGGAAAUAUCACAAUGUCUGCCGAAUUUAACUUCUUUGUCGAUCCUGUUGCAGCUCAUAUUGUCAUGGAAGAAUUCACGUGUCCUAAAUUUUUAGUCACGUGGGAACUGUCAAAACAGCCUUUUCUUGAACUUAGUCACUUGGAGGAAUAUCGUAGCCAUGACAAUAAGCAAUCGAAAUUCAUGAAUGAAGUUGUACCUGCAACGCAACGCAGUUUUUGCGAUGCGUUGGCUGUUGCUGUGGCAACCAAUCGCGAGGUUAUUCGAAAAAAGCACGAAGUAUACGCCACUGUGGAAAUGCAUGGUUCGUUUACAAAGGGACUGGUGGUCAUUGAUUGGGAGCCCGAAUUUCGACAGGUGGGUGAGUCGAAACAAUGCAAUGUUUUUAUUGUUGAUGAAAUUGAUAUUGAGCUGUACCAGAAGUUGUUUUUGGAAUCAGUUAAAUGAGAAUAUGAGUAUUAAUAUUUCUAGUA